AUGAGUAAUAAUAAAUCAAAUAUUUGUUGUAUCUCAACUUCGGAGUUUAUUUCAACAAAAGCAACCAUUUCUCUCGGAAUUUCUGCUACUACUUUUAUCGAAAUUGAGAAGUUGCAGGACUUACUCAUUAACCGAAAGGAUGAUAUUGAUGAUUUACUAAAAUCGCAGCCUGUAUAUGCCAUAGGUAUUGAUUUUCUAAACGAUUCUAUCAGACCAUGUAUUUCUUGCUGGGUUGUCAAACCAUUAGACAUUUCAAUCUUGGAAUGUCUUGAAGACAUGUUUGAGAAUCAGUUUGAUGUUAUAUACCAAAUAUCAGUUCCUUUUAAAAACAAUAGUGAUCUGAAUUUAAGUGAACCAUCAAGUAGUCGUGACAUUGCUGAUAAUUAUAUAUCUUCCGAAGGAAGUGUUUAUAAUUCUGUAGAUCCAAAACUCUUUCAAAAAUUUACCAUCUCUGCUCGUCUCCGGGCUAAAAUUUCUCCCCCUAACCUUGAGUAUGAGAUUGAUGUAUAUCUUUGCAAAACAGGAAAAUUGCUUAGUUCUCUAUUACCAAGAAUGCGCGGCUGCGGCUAUUACCUUGAUUCUGUUGAAGUUUGUGUUUCUCCAAUUCCAUGCACACCUAAUAAUACGAAUGGUUUAUUUAUAUCAAAAGACACACCAUAUCCACAACAGUUAAAUCGAACCGUUGAAUUUUCAGAUGGUCGUGAAACAAACAUUGAGGGACAAUUUAGUGGAGAGAUUGGAUCAGUACCUAAAAUCUCAGUGCAGGCAAAAGGUGGUGUAAGACAUGCAACAAAUACUAAAUCCAUAUCAAAUGAAUGGGUAGUAAGUUAUUGUGGUUGUCAUACUACUGGGGAUUCUUGGUCACAUCGAUACGUUGCUAAUGACAAUGAUGUUUUUCGCAGAACAUGUUAUGUUCCUGAACGCCAUUCCGCUAAGUGGCAUAUCAAGAAAAAUAUGAGUGGAUUUCGUAUUAUUAUUACUCAAGUAUUACGCUAUAAGAUUAUCAAUUCUUUUAAACUCUUUCCAUCAAAACCAAAGUUAAUCAAGUGCCCUGUUAUUGCCCAUGUUCUUGAGAUAACUUUUAACAAACUUGAAGACUUCAAUGCAAACUUUGCAAAAUUAGUAAGGCCCGAUGAAGAACCUUAUUACAAUGAAAACGAUGUUAAUAUAGAAAUCUCAAAUAUUCAGGAAUUGGAUGGGGAAAUCAUAAUUAACCGGUCAUUUGUACCAAGAGAUUAA